AUGCGGGCCAUCGCUCUCAUCUCCCUCCUCCCUCUGGCGGCCCUCGCCCAUCCUCAGGGCCUCUGGUGGGGCACCGACACCUGCUACAACAGCCCAGACAACACCGACAACGAAUGCUCCGACCAUCAGAGGGCAGGCUUUGACUGGUCAGACCUGGCCGAUGGAGCCUUUUCCUCUUACGGCGGCUUCGACUUCAGCGGCUUCCUGUCGGGCAUGGGCUUCGGUGGCUCUGAGUCCGGGGGCCGAUGCAUUUCGGGUAAACUCUCUCGGAGCAGCGCUGCCUCCCUGGUGAUCUCCGCUGGUGUAGACAUCGACGCUUUCUCCAUCACCAACCUCAAGGUCUCCACCUCCGUCGAGACGGAGAUACACAUCGUCUAUGGCAUGCCCGACGGUUCCACCUGCCGAGAUACGGCGUGGUGCUCGACCGAGGCCGAGGACGUGAGCAACGACCAGUGCGGUGGCGCCAUCUCCGUUGGGUUUGAACUCCCGGAGAACAGUGACAGCGAGGACUGCGAUUUGGACAUCCACCUGAUUGACUUUGAUUGCUCUCCGGGCCCGAAGCCCCCGGGUGGUGGCCAUGAGCAUCACCCCGGUCCUCUGCCCACGCCCCCCUCCCUUCCCACCCCGUCCGUCCCCGGGAUUCCUGGCUUCAGCACCCCGGUGAUUCCACCCCCGGCGAUCCCCACCCCGGUAAUCCCGUCGCACGGAACUACCCCCCCGGUGGGCCCCAUCGUGACGCCCCCGGUUCCCACGAGCAUCCCGGUUCAUAUCCCUCCUCCGUCUAGCGUGGGGCCCAGUAGCGGCCCCUCUUCGCCGCCCGAGGGCCAUACUACCACCGUGGUGACCUACGAGACCGUCACCACCUGCCCGGUCACCAACACCAUCACCUCCGGCGCGUCUGUCACCACCGAGGUAUCCAGCACGGUCUCCACCAUCACUCUGACCUCGACCUCAACCAUCUGCACCAACCCCACCAGCCCAGACCACUACCGUGGUGACCUACGAGACGGUGACCACCUGCCCGGUAACGACAACAAUCACAUCCGGCACCACGACCUCCACAUCCGUCUACACAACCGUCUCAACAGUGACCCUCACUUCAACCGACACCAUCAUCCACCCCACGGGCCCCCGACCUCGCCCCCUAACCCUCCAUCGCACCCUAACCCUCCGUCGCACCCUAACCCUCCCUCCGAAUGCCCCACCGUGGUCCCCAAAUGCAUCAACACCUGGCUCGACCUCCCCAAAUGCGACUCCAACGCCGACACAACCUGCUUCUGCCCGUCGUCAGACUUCACCUCCAAAGUCAUCUCCUGCAUCCAAGCCUGGGGCUCCUCCGCCGCCGAGAUCCAGUCCGCGCUUUCCUACUUCACAGGCAUCUGCGCCGCCUUCGUCCCCACAAACCCAGGCAUCGUCACCGCCGUCCCAACAACAAUCACCCUAGGCCCAGUCCCCAAGCCAACAGGCGCUGCCCCUAUUCCCAACGGACCCCCGGCGCCCCUGGCCCCGGCCCCGGCCCCGGCCCCGCCCCCGCCCCCUGCACAACCCUAA